AUGGGGCUCUUUUCCUGGGCCCGUCCGAGCGGACGCGUAUCAUUCUUUGGUUCCAAAGACAACAAUCUAUUGCUUAGCAGGAAAGCUGGCAAAGCUGGUGUCAGGCAAACUACGCUGGCAGAGCUCUGCCGUACUGCUACGCCAGCAAGAUGCGAUCUCAACCCCUUUCUCUUCAACGGCCAUCUGCAGACCUGCUGGACUGCAGUGAAAUUUGAGGGCGUCCCUGUGUACUACAAGCGCCGUAUGUUCGAGGCGGACAGCGCCACAUUCCGGGGGCAGUUCGCGGUUGACUUUGUCGUUGAGUCCUACGAUGCCCCCACAAGCCCCGAAGCUACCGAUGCGGAGAGGAAGUACACCUUGCCCUCAGGGCUUCCGGAGCGGACGGCGAUGUUCUCCGAUGAUGAAUUUGCCGCAUUGCCUUCAGAUGACACGAAGCCUAUGCUUGUGGUUCUACAUGGUCUGAGCGGUGGUUCCCAUGAACUUUAUCUGCGCCAUGUAGUCCAUCCUUUAAUUGCAGAUCAAGGCUGGGAGGCUUGCGUCGUCAACUCUAGAGGCUGUGCUCAGACCAAGAUAUCAACUGGUAUCCUUUAUAACGCCCGCGCUACUUGGGAUGUUCGGCAGACCGUCAAGUGGUUAAGAAAGACUUUCCCCAAUCGACCCCUUUUUGGUAUUGGUUUCUCCCUCGGUGCAAAUAUCCUUACAAACUACUUGGGCGAGGAGGGCGAUGCCUGCCAGCUUAAGGCUGCGGUAAUCUGCGCAAACCCUUGGAAUCUUGAAGUCAGCUCAGUGGCUUUGCAAAGUAGCUUUAUGGGCCUUAAAGUGUAUAGCAAGGUGAUGGGCGCCAGCAUGAAAAAGCUUUUCGAUCAGCACGCCGAGCAGGCCACGAAAAACCCUAGGAUUGAUGCAGAAGAAAUCAGGAGAGCCACGUAUCUGCACGAAUUUGACAGGGCUUUGCAAUGCGGCGCAUGGGGCUAUCCUACAGAAGGCGCGUACUACCGUGACGCAUCUUCUAUUGACGCGCUACUUUCAAUCCGAAUCCCAUUCUUCGUGGUACAAGCUGAGGAUGAUCCAAUUGUAACUGCCAAGGGGGCUCCUUAUCAGGAGAUCGCUCAAACGCCGUACGGUGUCAUGAUGGCUACCUCUUGGGGUGGGCACCUUGGUUGGUUCGAGUUUGGCGGCGGUAGAUGGUUUGUGAAGCCGGUGAACAAUUUCCUAAAUAUGAUGGCCCAUGAAAUCGACCUUGAUACGCCUCCUGUGGUCGAGAACCCGGAACACGUGCCUGGAUGGACUUCUGAUCCUCGUGGAGACGUCUCGAUGGAGUCCAAGCAGGCCAAUUUCAUCCCUACACGACGUAAGCUCAGCUUACCAAUCAAUUAG